AGCGAUAUCUUGCCUUCUCUCCUUCUUGAUCAUCACCUACGCUGCAUCAUGGCCGCUCGUCUCGUCCUUUCCCGCUCAGUAGCAGUGGCUGGUCCUUCUCGUAGGGCCGCCGCAGCUACUGCUACAGCUCUCCGCAGUACUCCUCGCAACUUCUCGACAUCGAUCAGAGCCAUGAGCCAAUACCGCGAAGAGGCCGACACCUUUGGCCCCCUCCAGGUCCCCGCCGACCGCUACUGGGGAGCUCAGACGCAGCGAUCUCUCCAGAACUUCGACAUUGGCGGACCUCAGGAGCGCAUGCCCCUCCCGCUCAUCCAGGCCUUCGGUGUCCUCAAGAAGGCGGCAGCCCACGUCAAUCAGACGUACGGCCUCGACGCCAAGGUGGCAGGCGCCAUCAGCCAGGCAGCCGACGAAGUCAUCUCGGGCAAGCUCGAGUCCCACUUCCCCCUCGUCGUCUUCCAGACUGGGUCAGGCACGCAGAGCAACAUGAACGUCAACGAGGUCAUCUCCAACCGCGCCAUUGAGAUCCUGGGCGGUGAGCUUGGAUCGAAGAAGCCUGUGCACCCCAACGACCACGUCAACAUGAGCCAGAGCAGCAACGACACCUUCCCUACGGCCAUGCACGUCUCGGCUGUGCUCCAGAUCUCGCAGCAGCUCAUCCCUGCGCUCGAGGAGCUCCACGCUGCGCUUGACAAGAAGAGGGCUGAGUUCGACGACAUCAUCAAGAUCGGAAGGACUCAUCUGCAGGACGCUACUCCGCUCACCCUCGGUCAGGAGUUCAGCGGCUACGUCAAGCAGGUCGAGAAUGGCAUUGAGCGUGUCAAGGGCGUUCUCCCGCGUCUGCGUCUCCUUGCUCAGGGUGGUACCGCGGUGGGCACCGGCCUCAACACCAAGAAGGGCUUCGACGUCAAGGUCGCCGCCGAGAUCUCCAAGAUUACGCGUGUUGAGUUCCAGACUGCCCCUAACAAGUUUGAGGCCCUCGCAGCACACGAUGCCAUUGUCGAGGCUUCGGGCGCCAUGAACACGGUCGCGGUCUCCUUCAUGAAGAUUGCCAACGACAUCCGCUACCUCGGGUCAGGCCCACGCUGUGGUCUCGGUGAGCUCUCCCUGCCAGAGAACGAGCCUGGAUCCUCCAUCAUGCCGGGCAAGGUCAACCCGACUCAGUGCGAGGCCUUGACUAUGGUGGCAGCCCAGGUCAUGGGCAACAACACGACCAUCUCUGUCGCCGGAUCGUAUGGUCAGUUCGAGCUCAACGUUUUCAAGCCCGUUCUGAUCAAGAACCUCCUCCAGUCGAUCCGACUCCUCGCUGACGGAGCCCGCUCCUUCACCAAGAACUGCGUCGUGGGCAUCGAGGCCAACCGUGAGCGCAUCCACACGCUCCUCAACGAGUCACUCAUGCUGGCCACAAUCCUGAACUCGCACCUGGGGUACGACACGGUUGCCAAGUGCGCGAAGAAGGCGCACAAGGAGGGAAAGACGUUGAAGCAGGCCACGGUUGAGUUGGGAGCGUUGAGCGAGGAGAAGUUCGAUGAGCUGGUCAGGCCGGAGUUGAUGCUUUACCCUGACGAGCCUUGAGUGUGCGCGGGAGGGAAGUUCUAAUGGCAAUACAUUAGCACUCGACGAUAAUAGAGAUAGAUCGACCG